GUUUCAGCCGCUUGGGGGUUAUAUUAUGUAAAUAAAUUGCUCCAAGCGGAAUUUUCUUCAUCACGUCUUAUGGCCGGAAAUGUUCUGGUGGGUGGUGGCACGGGAUUCGUAGGAAACCACCUCUGCAAGGUGCUGAGGAACAAGGGCUAUGGCGUCAACGUGGUGUCGCGAAUGCCGGGGCCCCACCACGUGUCGUGGAACGAGAUUAACAGCACGGGAUUGCCGAGUGGCACCUCCGCCGUGGUUAACCUCGCGGGCCAAAACGUGAUGGAUUUCAGACGUCGAUGGACUCCGGGCUUUAAGCAGAACGUUUUCAGCUCACGCGUGAACACGACUUCAGCGCUCGCGAGAGCAAUCGAAAACGCGUCCGUCAAACCCAAAGUGUUCGUCACGAUGUCGGGAAUAAGCGGGUACAGACCCGACGACGACGUCGAAUACUCCGAAGACAGCCCGAUCGAGCAGUUCGACUUUUUCUCAAAGCUGUGCUUGAAUUGGGAGAACGCAGCCGCGUUGGACCCCGUUUCCGCGUCGAAAUGCCGCACGGUGACCGUACGCAGCGGCGUCGUCCUCGGCAAACACGGCGGCAUGAUUAAACAGCUCUAUCUGCCGUUUUUUUUGGGGUUAGGCGGCCCCGUGGGGGACGGCUCGCAGUACAUGCCUUGGAUACACAUCCACGACCUCGCGGGGCUUAUAACGUUCGCGCUGGAAAGCGAGCACGUUCGGGGAGUGCUGAACGCGGUGGCCCCCCAGGUUACGACCAACGGGGAUUUCACGAGAGCGUUCGCCCGGGCGCUGAAGAGGCCGGCCGUGAUCCCGGUGCCCGCGUUCGUCUUUAAUUUGGUAUUGGGGGCGGAGCGCGCGAAAAUGGUGACCGCGGGUCCCAAAGUGCUUCCCAAGCGCGCGCGGGCUUUGGGCUACGAGUUUUCGUACCCCACUGUGGAGGCUGCUUGCGAGGCCGUCGUCAAGGAGGCUUAGUUUGAUAAUUCCCGAUUUUCUUGUGUGAUAUUUUGUUAAAUAAACCUCGC